AAUCACUCACUCAAACUGAGCACCCCAUAUAUAGUGGGAGCCUCGAAGGGAUAUAAAAUGACAGCGGCACCUAGAAAGUCAAGGUUUCCUUGAUAUUCUUUCCAUGCGACCUAAGAAUUACCUGCACCAGUUUCACUCACCAUGGCGUCAACUUCAAUUACAAAUGCGAUCAAAGCGGCUGCCCCUCGCAAUGAAGAUCUAUUAGCUCUUCUCGCUGAGACUGAUCAUGCGCUGCCAGCAUUGGAGCAACAGAAACGUUACAUCGAUGACCUCAAUAACGAGCUGUCUAAUAUACAGAAACGCAUUGUCGUGUUGGACGCGCAACGAAAUAAAGAGUUUAAGGAACAUAAGAGAUAUCGCGACUCGGUCAUGAAGCGCUUCGCCUACCGUGUGAGCGGGAAAACGGACAAAUUUCAAGCUCGGGCCGAGAAGGAGGAGCGAGAAUACUUCGCUGCCUUGCAGAAGGAACACCAGGCCAAAGAGCAAGAGGAGAACAUUAGAGUUAUGCGUUCUAAGGCUUUGGAGGUACAGAGCGAUUUAGAGGCUGAGGUGGAUCGCCACAAGGAAGCACAACAACAACUUGACAGUCUUUACGAUAGUAUCUUUCAAGGACCAACACCAGCAUUCCCCGAGGAAGAUCGUUCUGAGCAGAACGCAGAGACCGCGUUGCAGGCAUAUCACAAUUCUCGCAUAGUAGUAGAAACAGAACUGCAAGUCGUGAAUCUCCUAUCAGAAGCUAAAGCACGGCUCAACAAGGCUCUUGCCUACACGGAGGAAGCACUGAGUUACAGCCGGAUGGAUAUGUUUGGCGGGGGCACAUUUUCGGAUUUCAUGGAGCGUAACGCACUGGACAAAGCCGACAACGAGGUUAACCAGGUGCGCUUGCUCGUACGGCAGUCACAACGUAUGUCUCAGCAUGUACAGAAUCUCCCGGCCAUCGGAAUUGCAGGUGGCAGUCUAUUGGGCGAUGUUUUAUUCGACAAUAUUUUUAGUGACAUGGCCUUCCAUGAAAGGGUCAAAGAUUCUCGCGCAGCUCUUGAGCGAGCUCAAGGUUUCCUACUCGGUCAACUAUCUCUAGCAAAGUCGAGGCACCAAGAAGCCGAGCAAGAUAUGAAUAUUCAUGCAUCCACGUUGGAGACAUCAAGGCAAGAGUUGCAAAAAGCAAGAGAGCGCAUCUUUGCUCGCAUAGCCGAUAGCAAUGCGACCACACGGGCACCUCCCGCGGAUGACCCGCCUCCGUAUUAAAAUCUCCGCGAUUUAUGCUUUAACUGAAACUCGACAAAGCCCAAAGACGUUUAUGAACCGAAACAUAGCUUCAGUGGAAACACAGCAACACGGCUGUUUCAAAUAAUCAUCUCCCCUUGCUGCUCAUAUGACCAUCUCAUACUAGCGGGUACCUAAAUAGAACAAGGUCAGGCCUAAUGUGACCUUAAGUUUAGAACUAUAACCACACGUGUAUAACUGCAUACACAUUCCCUUCUAGGCUCGCUCUUUAGGAACGUCUAGGGCGUUUCUUGGACUUGGAAUCCGCUUUCUUAGCGGUCGCCUCGCCGCUCUUCGUGAGAAGGUGGCUGUCGUCAAUGC